AUGGGCGACACCGAGUUCUGGCUGCGCGAGAGGUCCUACCUCCGCAGGAGAGAUGGUGGACGGUGGAUAUUUACCUCGCAGAUAUCGACGACGAGCUCAGGAAGGCCUUGAUCGAGGAGCACUCGAACGAGCAGCCGCCGUCAGAUGGCGAGAUCUAUUGCAAGAUCCGAAAAUAUCAGCAAAAGCGGGAUCGGUACUCGGAAAUGCGAUGGUGGGCUCGUCUGUCGGGCCAUGGGACGAGGUGUCUCGAGCAGGUCUCCCGUCAUCCUGAUUUUAAGGCCGCCUUCGACGAUCUAUUGGAUAUUCCCGGCCUGUGGGGCGGGAUGCGAAUCAGUACGUUGAAUAGGAUGAUUAGCAUGAGAUGUGACGAUGAGGUCCUGUCCUAUCUCACGCACAUUAAGGAUGUUUGGUCCCGGCUCCUCCAUCACAACAAAGAAGCGAUGCUUAUAGUAGACCAAGCCACAGUAAAGGCCGUGGAGCUCAUGGCCCCCAAAUCGUCAAAGCGCGACGCCCAGGCGCUACAUGGCCAAUUGCUGAGCGGACAGAUAUUUUCUGGCUUUAGCCUAGAGGCCCGCGAGACCAUCUGGAGUGGUUUGCGUACCAUCAGCGGCCUGAUACCAUCCCUCUACACCUUCUUCGAGGAUCUCAAGUAUUUGGAAGCAUGCGCAGGCAGCAUGAGACACUUGGUUAUGCCGUCUCCAAAACACACGAUGCAAAGCGCCUUGAACAGUAUUUUUUUCGGAACGAACCAACUCGUCGUCCAGGAUGCUCACUCCUCAUAUUCCACACAGUUGGGGAAGAGGUCGAAGAAUUGGCACUUUACGUAUCCGCAGUUAUGGUUGUACACUAUGCGUGACUAUCCUGAUUUGCCUGCCCCUCGGGAGGUGAAGACAAAGAAGAAGAAGCUUCUAGCGAAAGCCAGGACUCCAAAUGCCAAUGAAGCUAAACUAUCUGACUUUGCAGUUCUUGCUAACAAGCUACGGUUUAAAAGCGAUGAGAUAACGGCAUUAAUGCUACGGUCCUCGGACAGAGAGAUUGCACGUGAUGCAUUACUAAGAGCGCGAAAUCAGGAUCGCUACGAUUACGGUGAUGGAGACAUUGAAUCUCAUAUCGAAAAGAUCUUGGAAUUAUUUGCAGCCGCCAGACCUUGGAAUACCGAGCAGUCGUGUCCCGCUCUCGUCAGCGACGGUCCAGACAGGGCCGGCCCCCGAUGUGGGUUUCCAGACGAGGAGGCUCAUGCGAGAGAUAGAAGGUUUCUCUAUAUAAGCAAUCUCCAGUCAGACCAAGAAGAGCAAGGCGAGAGCAUCACUUCGUUUUUUGUCCGCAGGUCAGUAUACUUUGCAUUCUUUGGUAGGCUGCCGAAGAUAAGCACACACCGCCGCUCUAGCCCUGCACCACCGCCCAAUGCUGGUGCGGAACGGGCAGCUUCUCCAUUUCUCGAAACGCAAGUGUCAGAGGUAGAUCUCGAGACAGAUGAGGAGCGGCUCAGACAGAACACACUAGAAGAGGGGAGGCUUCGACAAGAACGGUCUGAACAGGACAGGCUGGAACAGCUGAAUGGUGAUGGAAAUGAUGCACAAGAGGCGGAUGACUCGUUCCAAGUGUCAGAGAGGGAUCGAAGGCGGGACACGCACAUUGCCCUUGAGAGAAUUAUAGCAGAGGGACUCGCCAGCAUCCCUGAAGGUACUGAGGAUCCACCAGAACACUCUGGAGAGCAGAACCUGGACAUGCAGCUACAGCUAGUACCUCCUCCCCCUUCCAAGAUCCGCAUUGAGUUCAAGAUUCUUGAGGGAGAGGUAUGGAUGACCGAGCGGAGUCUUCUGGUGGAUCCUUCCGAACCGUCUGAGGUGGAGCGGGUGGCGAAAAAGUACAUGAGAAAGGGAAUCAGGCCGUUUGAUACCUCGUUCAACUUCCUACUCCCACAAACAUGCUUCCAAGCAGUGACUACUGAUGGGACGAACACUGUAUUGUUGAUCAAGGAGGAUGGAAUUAAUAACCAGCUUGUUGUGUUUGAUCCAACAUCUGAUGCAGGGUCUUCUGCAGGCAGUAGGCUGAAGAGGAGUCGACAUUAAAAUGAAAAUGGUAACUUACCCUUCAAUAUGACUUUUCCUUUCGGCCGAAGAUAAAGCCUUACACAUUUCGAGAGGGUGUACUAUAGGAACAAUGAAAUAGAUUAAAUUUCCCCACUAUCGUAUCUUUCUAUACUGUGACAGAAAUGACAUCACUUGGCUGGCUGGUAUCACGCGGUGCGAUUCUUUGUGGCGUGCAUUCAAUCUGAAAUGUGGAUGAAGAAAAACAUUUAUUCAAAGAUAUGCACAUCUAUAGAAGAUUAAAGCAAAACAUUUGUCAUCUUAAGGCUCCCAAACACCCAAACCCAUUGUAAAAUACGGUAGCAAGAAGUACUAUAACAGGAACUGGCGGAAAGCGAGCUCGUUGUUCACCUCUCCCAUGGAUCUCUCGACGUAGGCUCAAGUUCUCGUCUAUGGAAUCCUUGACAUAAAGUCACAUCUUCAGUUACGAGGAAGUGAGACAGCAUACAGAGAGGGUUUAGGACCGCUGCAGUACUCGAACAGCGAGUUAUAAAUACGUGCUUGACACUAUUAGUAGCAGAUAAUGCAGCAGGCUGCAAGACUCACAUCAGACAGUUCAUAAGGAGACGCCCAGGACGUGGCCGUCAUAAAGUGAACUGCUUCAGCUGACCAAGGCUGCACUGGAGCUGCACUGCGCUCAUGCAUCAUACAUAGCAUAAGCGUCUUCAAACAGUCCAUGUUCUCUGAAGUUUGGCCAUCGCUACUCGGAAAAUCCAUAGGAUCUAGAUGGAUUUAAUUAGUCUGGUAAUUCACCUCGGGUUGGCUUGUUGCUCACCAAUCUUCACCUCCCCUAUCGGAGAAAUCAAAACAUUUCGUGCCGAUAUACGGGGGUGGGGGAGUUUCCUUGACCAGAUAAACUGUAUGCCCGCCAGAACCUAUCGAAUUAGUAUUAACCUAGGAUGAAGGACUAGGGCUCAACUCGCUUGGCUGAUAAUAUAUGCUAUCUCAGGUUCCAUGGGCCGAAUGCCGCGUUGUAGAAGGGUCUCAAGAGAAAAUCCAACAUAUUCGGUAAUAGCAAAGAUUUGAUGAUUAAAGAAAUACUCUUCACAAAUACCAACAAAAUUCUGAUGCCUGAUAGGGAGGAGACAGAAGGAGGGUGGUUCUGGAGGGGAGGAGACUGAUCUGACGGAGUCGGCAGGGGAACUACAAACCGUGCUUUUUGCAUGUGUAUCUACUGGAGAUGUCCUUCCAGAUUCAACCUUUUGAAACACACGAAUUACUCGCACUGAGGAUCUAUCAUCGCAGAGAACUAGAGAGCCCCCCGUGUGAAGUUCGAUAAACUUUUCGUAAAAGUCCCAUGGGCUGCAGUCGAAUGAUGGAAUAACCCUCUCUCCUGCAGACCAUAAUUCUCUUCCAGUCCUCAGCGAUGGAUGAGACCGUUCCGGAAACAAAACUUGAUGCUCCCCAGCAGGAGAUGGCAUGGUUUCUGAAGUAUCAGAACGCUGCGUCUCUUGUCCUUCUCUCAUACUGCGUAGCGAAGAGAAAUGGGAGGGACAAAGAAAUGCGAAUUGCUGACGAGGAUUAGAAGAUAGAGACAGGUUUGUAAGACUAUGUAUCUCGUGGAGGCGUUUG